CACCUCUAUCUCUAUCCCUCUCUCUCAAUCAUUUGAAUCGUCUCCGGUUUCUAGCAGCAAUCGAAACGAUGUCGUCUGGUAGGAAGAUAACCCUGAAAAGCUCCGACGGCGAGUCGUUCGAGGUGGACGAGGCGGUGGCUCUGGAAUCGCAGACGAUCAAGCACAUGAUCGAGGACGAUUGCGCCGACAAUGGAAUCCCACUCCCCAACGUCACCAGCAAGAUCUUGGCCAAGGUCAUCGAGUACUGCAAGAAGCACGUCGACGCCGCCCCUAAGUCCGAAGACCGAUCCUCCUCCGCCGGCGACGAUGACCUCAAGAACUGGGACGCCGACUUCGUCAAGGUCGACCAGGCCACCCUCUUCGAUCUCAUCCUGGCUGCGAAUUACUUGAACAUCAAGAACCUGCUAGACCUUACUUGUCAGACGGUGGCGGACAUGAUCAAGGGGAAAACACCCGAGGAGAUUCGCAAGACAUUUAACAUUAAGAAUGACUUUACACCAGAGGAAGAGGAGGAGGUUCGCAGGGAGAACCAAUGGGCGUUUGAGUGAAGAUCAUGAAUAUGAAGAAACUUGUUGUUCUUGUUUGUUGCUCAUGAAUGCUACGGUCUGUCUGUGUCUGAAAUGCUUUCUAUUUUGCUUAGUGAACUACUUUUCCUUUGUUAUGCUUCUCCUUGGAGAAUAAUUGACUUCCUCAACGUGACUCCUUGCCCUUCUGGUAUACAAAUUCUGUUGUUAUCCAGUUCUCUUUUGCAAUGUUAAAUGUGAUUCAAGAAAUUGUUC